CUGACGACGGAUUGACCGGAGCGGUUCUUGUGUGAUUAUAUACCCGUGAUAUCGGAUCCGGGCUCGGCUCUGGCUCUCAUCUCCUCCGCGGUCGCGGGUGUUUCUCUCCCCGGCAGGAUGGAGCAGCUCGUCGGCCGCAGCGCUCCGCUAGGCCCGGUGCUGCAGGUGUGUUUCCCCAGCGCCCGCGCGUCGGUUCUGGAGAAUCUGAACCGGCAGCGCGAGGAGGGUCAGCUGUGUGACCUGUCCAUUCAGGUGCAGGGUCAGGUGUUCCGCGCGCACCGGGGUGUGCUGGCCGCUUCAUCGCCGUAUUUCCACGACCAGGUUCUGCUGAAGAACGUCACCACGGUGUCUCUUCCCUCAGUCAUGGACCCUCUGGCUUUCGAGAGCGUGUUAAACUCGGCCUACACGGGUCAGCUCAGCAUCGUGCGCGACGACAUCAUCAACUACGUCACGGUGGCCAGCUUCCUGCAGAUGUGGCACAUCGUGGACAAGUGCACGGACAUCCUGAAGAGGUCACGACCUUUGGUUCAGGUCAGCCCCGGCGGGGCGACGUCCUCCAGUCACCAGUCGCCCAGCAGCUCCGACUGCUGCUUCGCCGAUCCGGAGGACGGGGAGCGAGCGGCGAGCGAACAAACUCUGGAAAAACGGCCGCAAAGCGCACUACCGCCUCUGGCCACAUGGAGACGUCCGACUCAGAGCAGGUGGAGCAGAAGCAGCCUGACGUUCCCCGUCCGAACGGAGCCCGAAUGCGGCCCGAAUACGGGAGACGAAGGUUUCCACGCAUUCCCCGUCGCGCCUUUGCCGUCCAUCGAAACUUCGGACUUCCCAAGGCACCGAAUCCGCGCUCGCCUCCGAGGAGCGAAGGAAGACGAGGAGCAGCGGAGGAUGGAAGCGGAUGAAGGAGUCGGAGAGCCGCUGGAUGAGGACAAAGUGAGGGUUAAGUGUGAGGAGCACCAGGCCGGAGCCGUCGAGUCGGACGGACGUCUCAGAGAGAGUGAGAGCGGCGAGACGGACGAACUGUGGAACCAGUGGACUUUGUCAGACGCCAAGCUCCUGGACGAAGACGAGGAGGACGAAACGGACGUCGCGUUCGAGACCUACGACGAAAUCGAGAAGGCCACGGGGCAGAUUUCCCAGCGCCCUUUGCCACCGCCGUCGUCCAACCAGUUGGCGCCGGGAACGUCCGAGCUCUCCUGGGUCUCGCAGUCGUCCUCGUCCUCCCCGUGCUCUCCUCUCUCUGCGACGCCCAAAGUCCACUUCUGUCACUGCGGCAAAGCGUACACGCUGAAGAGCAUGCGCGACCGCCACGUGAAAAUGCAGCACCUGAACCUGCGUCCGUUCGCCUGCCCCGUCUGCUCCAAGAGCUUCAAGAUGAAGCACCACCUGACCAAACACGUCAAGACGCACGGAGGCCUGCGUCCGUACGAGUGCGCGCUCUGCGGCAAGAAGAUCGUCUGGAGAGACAGUUUCCUCAAGCAUCAGGCUCGCUGCCAGGGAACGACGACGACGCCUGGCCGUCAAAAUGACGACGCAGAUGCACCUGGACAAGUGAAGGUGGAACAGGAUGAUUAUUCAUUACAGGACGAGGAAAUACACUCUUAAAAGUAAAAGUUCUGAAAGAGGUUUUUGCGUUGAACGCCAAAGGAAUGCCAUUCCUUUCAGUCAACAGUUCCACUAUAAAUUGCCGUUUAAAGUUUCUGUGGAUGUUAAAGGUUCUUUAUGGAACCAUCGAUGCCAAUAAAAAAAACUUUAUUUUUAAGAGUGUGUGAACUCUCCAAAAGCGGGUUCAUCGAAGAAGUGAUCAGUUCUUAAAACAACCAUUUUUUUUCUUAGCGUGGAUGUUGAAGGUUUUUUCCACUAUGAAGAACCUUUAAUGGUUCCAUGGAAGUUGAAGUUUCUUAAAGGGGUGGU